AUAAAAUGCCAAACGAUGAAGAAACCGCUCCCAUUCUCUGCUCUAAUAUUACUGCUAGCGAUUUCUCUCACAACUCUCUCUCCGUUCUCGGAAUCGAAGGUUUUCUGCGAAAUGGCCACAUUGGGAGGCGUGCACGAAUCACAAGGAGGAGCUUCUCAGAACAGCGCCGAGAUCGAAGGCCUCGCUCGCUUCGCCGUCGAAGAACACAACAAGAAAGAGAAUGCAUUGCUGGAGUUUGCAAAGGUUGUGAAGGCCAAAGAACAGGUGGUUGCUGGUACCUUGCAUCAUCUUACUAUUGAAGCCAUUGAUGCGGGUAAGAAGAAGAUAUAUGAAGCCAAGGUUUGGGUGAAGCCAUGGUUGAACUCCAAAGAAUUGCAGGAGUUCAAGCAUGCUGGAGACUCACCACCAGCAUUUACCUCUUCAGAUCUUGGUGUUAAGAGAGAUGGGCCUGUCCCAGGAUGGCAAGCAGUGCCAGCACAUGAUCCCCAAGUUCAGGAUGCGGCAAAUCAUGCUAUCAAGACGAUCCAGCAGAGGUCUAACUCAUUGUUCCCUUAUGAACUUCAAGAGGUUGUUCAUGCAAAGGCAGAGGUGGUAGAAGAUUCUGCAAAGUUUGACCUGGUUUUAAAGGUCAAGAGGGGAAGCAAAGAAGAGAAGUAUAAAGCGGAAGUACACAAGAACAAUGAAGGUAACUUCCAUUUGCAUCAGAUGGAGCAACAGCAGUCCUGAUUUGGUUUACCUUUUGUAAUCUCAGAAAAAAAAUAUAUUUUAUAAUCUACAUGUUUAUAUGCUCUUUGGGCUCGUGGCUUUUUUUUUUUUCUUUUUUUUUUUUUUUUUUACCUUCUGCUUAUGUUUUGAUUUUAAGGUGUGUAUGACUUCUAAAAUAUCUAUAUGAAUGAAUGGCGAUAUUACGACCUUGUA